UCUAGCCUUGCAUCUCCCGGACCAUGGAGAUGGGGAGGCUGUUGCUGUGGGUUGGGCUGCUCCUUUUCCUGGAACAGCAUGAUGGAGCUGCCCACAAACUGGUGUGUUAUUACAACAAAUGGGCACAUAGUCGAUCCAGCCCAGCCUCUGUCUCACCCCGUGACCUGGACCCUUUUCUCUGCACACACCUGAUAUUUACCUUUGCCUCAAUGAACAACAAUCAGAUCAUUGCUAUGGCUGCCUCGGACCAGAAUGUUCUCUAUUCAGAGUUCAACAAGCUCAAGGAGAGGAACAGGAAGCUGAAGACACUGGUGUCCAUCGGCGGGUGGGACUUCGGCACACCCAGGUUCACCACUAUGCUGGCCACAAAAGCCAGCAGGAAAACAUUUAUUGAUUCAGUGAUACCCUUCCUGAGGACACACAGCUUUGACGGUCUGGACCUCUUCUUCAUGUACCCGGGACAGAGAGGCAGCCCCGCGCAAGACCGGUGGAAUUUCCUCUCCUUAAUUGAAGAGCUCCUGUUUGCCUUCCGGGAGGAGGUGUAUCUCACCGGGCGCCCAAGGCUCCUGCUCUCAGCUGCUGUCUCUGGGAACCCACACAUCAUCCAAAAAGCUUAUGAUGUGCGCCUUCUCGGAAUAUUCCUGGAUUUCAUCAAUGUCUUGUCUUAUGACUUCCAUGGAAGCUGGGAGAAGUUCACAGGACACAAUAGCCCCCUGUUCUCUCUUUCUGAAGACCACAAAUCUUCGGCCUAUGCCAUGGAAUACUGGCAAAAUCUUGGUGCGCCCCCACAGAAGCUCAUCAUGGGGUUACCUGCCUAUGGACGUACCUUUCUCCUCUUUGAAUCCUCUGAGAAUGGACUGCAGGCCAACGCUGUGGGACCAGGAUCUCCAGGGACGUAUACCAAGAAAGCUGGCUUCCUGGCUUAUUAUGAGGUCUGCUCCUUCAUCCAUGGAGCAACGAAACGGCGGAUUAGUUAUCAGUAUGUUCCAUAUGCCUUCAAGGGGAAGGAGUGGGUUGGCUACGAUGACGCCUUCAGCUUCAGUCACAAGGCAUCAUUCAUAAAGGAAAAGCAUUUGGGGGGCGCCAUGGUGUGGACAUUGGACAUGGAUGAUGUCAAGGGCACUUUUUGUGGCAGCGGCUCUUAUCCCCUCGUGUCCAGGCUGCACCAUCUCCUGGUGCAGGCCGAGUCCACCUCAGUUUCUUCACUGACCUAUUGGUCCUCACCCAUGAUGAAUUCUUCAGGAACUGACUCUGGAAGGCCAACCAUGACAACUGACUUGGCAAGCUUGAUCCCGGGAGGAAAGGUUACGACCAGUAAGACCCAUAUGAAGUCUAAAAGCAUGACAACAACCUCCGGAGGUGAAACUGUGACCCUUGAAAGUGAUAAUAUGUCCUCUAGAGAGCAAACUACAGCUCCGGACGAGAAUACCGAGACCCCUGGAGUGACCAUGACCUCUGUGGACCAAUACUCUGUUUCCCUGGAUGACACUACACCCAUUGCUGUGAGUACCACCCUCUAGAAGAAAGGCUGUUGCUCCUAAAAAGAUGACUUUCCCCUCCAGAAAAAAGAUAGUCCGCUCUGAUGUUGCAGACGAAGACUCUCAGAGGAGGACGUUUUGACUUGUGAGGUGGAUGC